AUGCAUUUACCCCGCUAUGUUGGUGACCUUGGGGCAGCACAUCUUCACGUUCUCUCCAAGCUCAAGAAUAAGAUGUCCACUCGGUGUACCCGCUGUGUAGGCGUCACCGUCGACAAUCUGGUCCGUCUUGCGGAGAUUGAGUUCCAGGCAGAUGAAUUCCCGAAAGAGGCCUUCUACCAACACCAUGAAUCAUUUCCCUUGCUAGAAAAAGCCGCAGAUGCCGGUUGCGAGCUAUGCCAGCUAAUCCUCAAGUGUUUUGUACACACGCCUUGCGAUGAAGAAGAGCCCAUUAAUUGGCCCGGGGGAUGGGACGAAGAUCUUGCUCGUCAUCGAACAGGGCAACGGCGGACGAUGUACACACUUGCUCAGCGACUUGUUGCCUCGGAUGUCAAGCUCUCUAUCAACGCCUCACACUUGUAUAGCUUCGAACCUCUUGAUGCCGUCGAGGUAUUUGAUGAGAUCAUGGUGCAAGUCGGUCCAUCCCAUACCAAUGACGAUGAGGGAUACGGCAUCUGGGGGUGUCCACCCCUGAAAUUAACCUUGACUGCUCAUAAAGGCAUUGAUACACGCUACAAAGAUUUCCGGAUCAGACGCUACGAGGUUGACCCUGAUCUGGCAUCUCCCAAAACCCACGAGCUCGCCAGGCAAUGGUUGUCGGACUGCCGCAACAACCAUGAGAACUGUGUCUCCGACCGGAAGCACGAACUACCCACCAGAGUCAUUGAUGUAGAAGCAGGCGGUACUAGCCACGUACGACUGGUUUUAACCCGCGGCGUCAGAGAUGCUUAUGCCGCUCUUAGCCACUGCUGGGGCGGUGCGAUCUCUCCCUCGUUGACAACCGAGACCCUGAGACCGUUCCAGGAUUCCAUCCCCGUUGGGUCCUUACCGCCGAACUUUUGCGACGCCAUUACAAUCACUCGUGAAAUAGGCCUUCGAUUCUUAUGGAUAGACUGUCUUUGCAUUCAGCAAGACUCAAAGUCGGACUGGGAGACUGAAUCUAAGAAAAUGGGCUCGGUUUACCGCAACUCGACAGUGACUAUCUCUGCCAUGGUUUCGACAGGGAGCAAAGCGGGCAUUCUUAAGACAGACCUGGGUGUACCCUUGAAGAGUGAACCCAUUACCAUCGGCAUGUCCAAUAUCAAUGGCAGCAGUCGCAUCUCCAUUCAAAGAAAGGACCCAGACGAAGAAAGUCUCCGCCGCCUUGACACAGAAAGUGCACUGCAGACGAGGGGUUGGACACUCCAGGAAUACAUACUGUCCCCGAGACAUAUUAUGUACGGCAAAAGCAUGGUGUACUGGAGGUGUCCCCAGGAAUUUAUCUCACCAGAUGGGCUGUCUUCUGGCAAUAAAUCGCCAGAGACCCUCUACAAAAAGUUGACAAACGUCAUCUACUCUGACGUCCUCAGCUCCCCAAGGACAACCCCAUUUGAUAUAAAAGUUGUCCUCGACGACUACUACGAUCUGAUCAGCGCUUAUAGCGGGAGAAGACUGACGUACGCAUCCGACAAACUUCCAGCAUUUUCGGGUCUGGCGCAACGUCUCCAUCCAGUCGUAGGGGGAGACUAUUUGGCCGGUCUUUGGACCGCCGACUUUCGACGUGGACUCUUGUGGAUUCCCGAGAUGAAGUUUUGCCGCCACAGCAACGAUGAGUACCGCGCUCCGUCAUGGUCCUGGGCCGUGACAGACGACAAGGUGCUCUUUGAGCAAUCCGUCACACUGGGGCCGAGUCCCUCAAGCGCUCAGCUCCUAGACUACACUGUUCACCCAAGAGUCCCGGAUAACCCAUACGGUGAAAUCUCGGCGCUGAAGCUUGUGCUGAAGGUUUUAACAAAGCCACUGGUCCGCAGUCGCCAGGUCAUCGGUACCAUUUUGGAUCGUGCCUCAAUAGGGAGUGCCGUAUUCGACGAACCCGCGGGCGAUGAGGACCUGACGACAAUGGGAUCUCCAGAGUUAUUCAGAGUUCAAGAGGAAGAUAGGGAUUAUGUUGUGUCGGUCAUUUCUAGACCGGGAGACGAAACGCAUUGGGAAUUGAACUUGGCUCUGUACCGGGAGGACGAGUACACGCUGAUACUGGUUCACACUGAUGACAGCUCGGAGGAAGAACCAGGUUGGUCAAGUUCUCCGGCGCUUUGCUUGAUCGUCCGUCAGAGAGCCGACAAUACUGAAGAGUUAUACGAGAGAGUUGGAUUCGCCCGGUUACAGACGCCCAAGUUGUCUUGGCUGGAGACCUGGGAACGGCAGGUCUUGACGCUAGUUUAA